GUGUUUAUAAAUAAUGAGUAUACAGUUGUUAGGAAAGAAACAGCUUGAUGAGAUAUCUGUACAGCAUCAAGUCUCUUGGUCUUUGUGUUGGCUGAUGAGAAAUGUUUUCGUCAAUAUUGGUUUUGAUUCUCUACGCCACAGUUAUAGGUGGGCAAGCACCUCCCAUCGACACAUUUGACCCAGCACAUGAUCAGUGUGGAACAGGAUUCUUUUCAGACUUUAAGAUAGAGAAGGAAGGAGAUGUUGUAAUGUGUCUUAGAUGGUCUUCCUGGCCUAAUACUUUCGCUGGAGCUAAAAAGUAUUGUCUGAUUCGUGGAACCAGGUUGGGCGUUUUCAAUACAUGGGAUAAAAUGAAAAUUUUGCAGAGACAAAACAACGUGACCUUUGUUGGUUUAGAUGACCUACAGACUGAAGGCAAGUUCAUAUGGCAUAACGGCGAACAGCUUGAAAAUCCACGCUCCAGUGGUUUCUUUAAUUUAAACGAGCCAAGUAAUAGUCUACACGUUGAAGACUGCGUCAUCCUGCAAGGGAGCCUACUCAACGAUGUGCCGUGCACUAUGUCAUACCUCUUCGUGUGUGAGAAAGAAUUGUAAAAAAACGGGAGAUUUCAAUGUAUGACGAAAAGCUAUAAAUAGCAAGCUUGUUGGUGUUUCUGGCGUGCGAACAAAAUAAAUAGUUAAUUACCAA